AUGUUGGCCGAGUAUCUGCCCGCGCGGGUGGGGAGACCCGACUAUCGCUCCCCUCGUCAGGUUCCUGGCUUCUCCGCUGGGUGCUUGACUGUUGGCCGCGUUCCUGGCUGGUCGGCGUCGUUUCCGCUCGAAGAGCAGACUGCACCUCACCCCAAUCCCGUGGGGAGAGACCCCAUGCUGACCAUGUGCCGGAUAUUGAAUCUGGCGGAGGCGUGCGAGGUGGUGGCGAACUUGCAGCUGGCAGUGUGUGGGGCCACCCGGAACUUUCCGAGCAGCCUCCCGGAAUUAACCACUCUCACAGGCCAACAAUUUGGGUUCAGGUUCAGUGAGGCAUCACUGUCACCAGUGGGGGCGAAUUAUUUUUUCCGCUACGCCAGUGUGGGCAUGCAAACAAUGCAGCCAGGAGGAGGAGGAGGAAGCGGGGGUGGUGGAGGGGAUAAGGAGGAGGUGUGGGUUGUGAGCCAGGCUUUCUCCUGGGCCGACCAGGGGCUUCCGUGGCCCGUCCAGAACCAGGGCGCCUGCGGCGACUGCUGGGCAUACGCGGUGGUGGGCAGCGUGGAAGUGGCCUACACCAUUCUCUUCAACCUCUCCGCUGUGCCGCUCCUCUCUGUCUCCCAGCUGCGUGAUGCCCUCGGCUCCUCAUGCUCUCAGGGAAACUCGCCCUCCCAGGCCUUCCAGUACCUCGUCACUCUCAACGCCAAGAAAAAAUUGGGGCUCAUGGAGGAUUUUCCGGCUGGGGCGGUGGUGAGAGGGAGGGGGGGCAAGAAGGGCAGCAGCCAGAGCCCGCUCUGUGGCAUGCCCGUCUUUGCUCUGCUGGCACAAGUGCUUGGGAUCUCAUGUGGCAGAGGCCAGGCCCAUGGAUCGGACAAGCCAUUGGGAGGGGCAUUCAGAGUAGACGGGUUUGAGCGCACGGCGUUCCACGGCUGGUUUGGGCUGCUGCUGGCCGUGCAGCGACAGCCCGUGGUGGUGCAUGUGCAGGCCACUGCCCCCUCCUUCCUUAACCACGAUGGGCUUUCCAAGUACGCGGAUCCAGAGUGCUUCACGUACAACCUGAACCACGUGGUGCUGCUGGUGGGAUAUCAUCUCACCGGCUUAGACUCAACCUUCCCGCACAUGGCGCCGCCCUUCUGGAUCAUCCGCAACUCAUGGGGCCCGAAGUGGGGCGACGGCGGGCACAUGCGGAUGGACAUCCAGGGGGGCGACGGCGUGUGUGGGAUCAACACGCUGCCUGGGAUCUACCCGGUGGUGCGCGCUGCCAAGGACCCCUGCAACGUCAACGGCACCACCAGUGGGGUGUUUGGGCCGCUCUUCAACCCCUGUGGCAACUUCACGUGCACGCCCACGCCCGAUGGGGCCAGCAACCACUGUGACUGCAAUGACCCACGAUUCAUUGAGGCACUUCAACAGGACAACUCUCGCACCUGUGCUUACAGCGACUCCAGCAGCACAUACACGGUGGUGUCGUGGGGUGUCACGUGUGCCGACAUCCACCCCGUCUACGGCCUCACUCUCGCCCAACUGAAACAACAGAACCCCGGUCUGACCUGCAGCGCUCCUGUCGUUGUCAACACGGUGGUGAACGUGGUCCAGCCAGCCAACCUCACGCCCUGCUCUGUCUACUACACCACAUCCCAGUCGCUAGCCUCCUACUUCUCUCUCACCAUCGGCUGCCCCAAUCCCUCCGAGCCCUGCGCAGCAGCCUUCCAGGCGCUCAACCCUGGGCUGGACUGCUCCGGCAGCUUGGAGCUGGUGGGCAGCCAGGCGGUGUGUGUGGAGCGGCGGGCGGAGAGUGCAGCGGCGCUGCUCAUCCCGGUGUGCUCGCAGUUCUAUCUGGUGAAGGCCGGGGAGACGUGCGACCAGAUCCGCUCCGUGCCCUCCCCGCCGCUCUCCCCUCUCGAGUUCUUCCGCCUCAACCCCGGCAUCAAGUGCAGCCGCCUCGUGCCCAAGACUGACGUCCGCAGCCUCACAGGCUUCGAGGCGUGCAUAGGGAGCUCGUUCAGCUUCAUGCAAGGAGUGUGCCCCAAGACUCGCGCAUACGUGGUUGGGACUGGCGACCGCUGCACUGGCCUGCAGGUCAAGUACUUCCGUGGAAUCAAAGGGUGCUACAGGAAGACAAACGGCUACGAUUGCAUCGAUAAGCUUGUCAAAGCCACCAGAGUGUGCAUUCCGGACCAAGUGAAGAUCAAGGCCGGGAAAUGCGAACCUUGA